AAGCCAGCCUUGGUGUGAGAGAAACUCUCCGAUGGUUCAUCUCAUUGACUUGUUGCCUUAUCAACUUCCAAAGAAUUCAAAAUGACGACAGUGACAGUGACCACAGAAAUUCCUCCAAGGAGUAAGAUAGAAGAUAAUUCUGCCUUGUAUGAGUCUACGUCAGCUCACAUUAUUGAAGAAACUGAAUAUGUGAAAAAGAUUCGAACUACACUGGAAAAGAUCAGAAAUCAAAUGUUCAAGGAUGAAGUAGGGCAUAGCAGUACAAAUCACAACCGAGAUGAAAAGCAUUGUGGAAACAGUCAAAAUCGCUCUGAUUCUGAAAUGGAUCCUUCUUCUUGUAGUUUGGAUUUGCUCAUGGAAAAGAUGAAAGGGAAAGAUCUGCAGUUCUUAGAAAUGAACAAGGAAAAUCAAAUGUUGAAAAUCAAGCUGGAAGCCUCCAGAGAAGCAGGUGCCGAGGCUCUGAGAAACGUGGCCCAGAGAUUAUUUGAACACUACAGGACACAGUCUGAAGAAGAGAGGAAAAAGCACCAGGACAGUAAACACUUGCUCCAGGUUAACAAGCUUGAGAAAGAACAGGCGUUGAAACAACAUGUUGAAAAUCUGAAUCAAGUUGCUGAAAAGCUUGAAGAAAAACACCGUCAAAUCACAGAAUUGGAGAACCUUGUACGGAGGAUGGAAGAGGAAAAGAGGACACUGCUAGGAAAAAAACUGGCUCUGGAGGACAGGCUGCUGCAACUCAAAUCCGGUGCUACCUGUGCAAAAAGUUGCCAGGAUCUUCAGAUGGAAAUUUCCAUUCUCCAGGAGCAGAUCUCUCACCUGCAGUUUGUGAUUCACUCCCAGCAUCAGAACCUGCGCAGUGUCAUUCAGGAGAUGGAAGGAUUAAAAAAUAAUUUAAAAGAACAAGACAAAAGAAUUGAAAAUCUCAAAGAAAAAGUUAACGUACUUGAAGCCCAGAAUAAAGAGCUAAAAAUGAAGGUGGCACUUCGCUCUGAAGCUCCCGCGACAAUGGUAUCCAGGGCUGUCUCCACAAGUGAAUUGAAGACUGAAGGCAUCUCACCCUAUCUGAUGUUAAUUAGGCUACGGAAAUGA